UGGCCCAGUGCCACCCUCAGGAAGAGGUGUGAGAAACCACUUCUGCUCGUCCCCCAAACGCGGGACGAGCCGCCGUCCCUUCCCUCCCGCGAGAUGCGGAGCCGCGCCAGGAGCCGCCGCCGCCCCGCAGGGGAACAGCCGGCAGCCCGAGUCUCGCGAGAAGCACCGCCGCCGCCGCCGCCAUGGAGCCGCCGCUGCAGGGCCCGCCGGGGCUGUCGGCCGUGCUGGCGAGCACGGACUGGUCCGAGCCCUGGCUGCUGGGGCUGGCCGCCUUCCACCUCUUGUGCUUCUUCCUGACGUGCGCGUCCCUGCAGCACCGCCGGGUGCAGGUCGGGCACUUCCUCUGCAUGGUGGGCUUAGUGUACUGUGCUGAAUAUAUCAAUGAAUUAGCAGCCAUGAAUUGGAGGUUGUUUUCUAAAUACCAAUACUUUGAUUCAAGAGGAAUGUUUAUUUCGCUUGUAUUUUCAGCGCCACUGCUGGUGAAUACUAUUAUAAUUGUGGUCAGCUGGGUUUACAGAACUUUGAAUGUAAUGACUGAACUAAAGAUGCUACAACAGAGAAGGAAAGCGGAAAAAGAGAAAAAGAAGUGAAAGCACCUUACGCUAUUUUUUUCAGUUAUAAUAGUGCUUGUCUGGGUAAUCAGUCCUUCUAUAUGAUUAUUCAGAAACAGAGAUACUUUUAUGUCUGAUGUCAAGAGGACUUUGUAACAUGUGCCUGUGGACAAGGUGAAAGCAGGUACCUACAAUACAUUUGAAUUGGCUGUGAACUUGAGAAACCAAUCAACUGGUUUUUGUGCCCUUCAUUGUAAGAUACUUUUCCACUAUGACCGAGGUGAGACACAAUGUUCCAGUUAGUUUCGAUUUGCGUUUGUGAUUUUCAACUGUAUCUGAACUCUGUGUUUAUCAAGUAUCCAUUCUUCUGCUGCUUAAGCCAUUGGAGAAGCGUUCUGAAUUACAGUAAAUGAGAGAUUGUAUUCAGAAUAACUCAGGAAUCCAUGCUUCUGUGAAGCAUUUCACUUCUUUAUAAGUCAAGUUUCAUACUUUCAAUGUGUAUUGUGUGCCAGUGGCAUUUUAUAAAUAAAACUACCCACUGUGUCUUA